GUAAAAAGAGGAGGACGUGGCUAAACAGCACAUCACGCAUACUGUAAAAUGCUAUUGGCCCACUAUACAAGGACUCUAGCAUCAAUGUAUUUUUUUACAAGUGUUACAUGCAGGCAUAUGUAAAUCCGCAAAAUCACAACGGAUCUGGGGAAGUUAGCUUAAGGUCUUAGCAAACAGGUCUUAGGAAAACUUAGGUCUUAGCUAAACCUUAGAUUUUAGGAAACCCCCCCAAGAGGCCCAGCAUGCCGGAGCAGAGCAACGACUACCGUGUGGUGGUGUUUGGGGCUGGCGGCGUGGGCAAGAGCUCCCUGGUCCUCCGCUUUGUCAAGGGCACCUUCCGGGACACCUACAUCCCCACUGUGGAGGACACCUAUCGUCAGGUGAUCAGCUGUGACAAGAGCGUGUGCACCCUCCAGAUCACCGACACCACGGGCAGCCACCAGUUUCCCGCCAUGCAGCGCUUGUCCAUAUCCAAGGGCCACGCCUUCAUCCUGGUCUACUCUGUCACCAGCCGCCAGUCCCUGGAGGAGCUCAAGCCCAUCUACCAGCAGGUGCUUGCCAUCAAGGGCAGCGUGGACGCCAUCCCUGUCAUGCUGGUAGGCAACAAGAGUGACGAAACCCAGCGUGAGGUGGAGACCACGGAGGGUGAGGCGCAGGCUGCAGCAUGGAAGUGUGCCUUCAUGGAAACCUCUGCCAAGAUGAACUACAACGUCAAAGAGCUCUUCCAGGAGCUGCUCACCCUGGAGAAGAAGAGGAACAUGAGUCUGAGCAUCGAUGGCAAGCGCUCCGGCAAGCAGAAGCGUGCCGACAAGCUCAAGGGCAAGUGCAGCAUCAUGUAGGGAGGGAGAGUUGAUGCCUGACCCUUAGAACGAAAGACUGGGGUUGGGGAGGGUGGUGGUGGUGCAAAGUGUAGAUGUUCUUGAAGAGAGUCACUUCAAGGAAUGGAGGGAAGGUAGGGGUGGGACGGAGCUCGUCUGAGAGGGGUUAUUUUAUCCCAACA